AUACAAGUUAUCCAACACAACCGCGUAACAAUUCUUUCAAUGGUUCCUCGUUCCUCGUCAACAUUUCGCAUCAAUCAUCUGCGUCUGCAGAUGUUUUGGUUUUGAAAUGGUUGAAUUGUGUAAAAUUGUGUGAAAUAUAAUGUUUUAAAACCUUUGUAUUUUUAUGUGCAUUAAAUAACCUAGAACUCAUAAGAUGCCUGUUCCAUGUGAAGAGAUCAUCGAGGACAUAGAAGAUCUUAUAUCGUCCCAGGAAGUCGUCGUGAAGGAGAGGAGCCAUGUCAAAACCAGAGUUACUGUGCGGGCAAAGCGGAAAGCCCAGAAAACGCAGGAGCAAGUUCCAGAGGUGGAUGAGUCUUUGGGGCCUGUCAGCUACAUACCAGGAACACAAACAGUGUAUGUGAAGACAUGGGGCUGCGCUCACAACAACUCUGACAGUGAAUACAUGGCUGGACAACUGGCUGCUUAUGGCUACACACUCAAGGAUGACAAGUGGGAGGCUGACUUGUGGCUCCUGAACAGCUGCACCGUGAAGAGUCCCGCCGAGGACCACUUCAGGAAUGAGAUAGAGGCAGGCCAGCGCCGGGGCAAGCACAUUGUGGUGGCUGGCUGUGUGCCACAGGGCGCGCCUCGCACACCCUUCCUGCAUGGCCUCAGUGUGGUGGGUGUGCAGCAGAUAGACCGCGUUGUCGAGGUCGUCGAGGAGACGCUCAAAGGUCACACGGUGCGGCUGCUGGGGCAGAAGAAGCAGGGGGGACGCAGGGCAGGUGGGGCAUCUCUGGCGCUGCCCAAGGUGCGCAAGAACCCUCUGGUGGAGAUCAUCCCCAUCAACACGGGCUGUCUCAACCAGUGCACCUACUGCAAAACCAAGCAUGCCCGUGGCGAGCUGGCCAGCUACCCCCCAGAUGAGAUUGUGGAGCGUGCGCGGCAGUCGUUCAGCGAGGGUGUGGUGGAGCUGUGGCUGACCUCGGAGGACACGGGCACGUACGGCCGUGACAUCGGCUCCAGCCUGCCCGCGCUGCUUGCGAGCCUCCUGCCAGUUGUCCCCGAGGGCUGCAUGGUUCGCGUCGGCAUGACCAACCCCCCCUACAUCCUGGAGCACCUCGAGGCGAUGGCGGCCGUGUUGUCGCACCCUCGCGUGUACAGCUUCCUGCACGUACCCGUGCAGUCGGGCAGCGAUGCCGUGCUCUCCGACAUGAAGCGCGAGUACAGCCGUGCAGACUUCCAGCGGGUCGUGGACUUCCUCAGGGACAGAGUUCCGGGGAUCACGAUCGCCACGGACAUAAUCUGCGGCUUCCCGACGGAGACGCGGCAGGACUUUGAGGAGACCCUGCAGCUGUGCGCGCGGUACCAGUUCCCCAGCCUCUUCAUCAACCAGUUCUUCCCGCGGCCCGGCACGCCCGCGGCCCGCAUGCCGCGCGUCGACCCGCAGGAGGUGAAGCGACGCACCAAGCAGCUGUGGGAGCAGUUCCAGUCGUACCGGCCGUACGACCAUCAGCUGGGGCAGGUUCAGCAGGUGCUGGUGACGGAGCUGUCUCAUGACAAGCAGCACUACGUCGCCCACAACAAGUACUACCACCAGGUGUUGGUGCCCCUGAGGCCGGAGCUGCUUGGGCGUAUGGUGCGUGUGCGGAUAGCCAGCGCGUCCAAGCACUGCCUGUUGGGUGAGGUGCUGGAGGUCGCGGGUCCGAGGGUCGGUUCCUGGGCGCAGUGCAGCGUUCUGCUGCUGGUGCUGGCAUGGCUGGCGGUGUGGGUGCUGCCCGGCGUGCUGGGAGGCCCUCGGUGACCGUGACUGCCUUCUCAAGGCGUCAUGUCGGCGCUGGAUGACGCGACACAUCACAGCCGCUCUCGUCGAACUGAGAAGGGUGCCACAGGUACUUAAGCAGCGACGCCGACCUUUAAAGGGGGCCGCGACAUUCAGAGAUUUCCGCAAGUGAAGGAAAGUGCAACAUCUGCGAAGAAGGUGAAAGACCUCUUUGAGAAUGGCGCAACGCAGAACGACGGGUUCGUGAGACUGCAACUGAGUGGCGCUUGACUGUGUGUGUGGACAGGUGUGAGGUAAGGGGCGAACUACUGUUGAGUCUAGCUCCAGUGAGGAGUGCAAACUGUGGAACUUGACAGACAUUGAGUGACUUGCGAAUAAUUAUUUUUAAGUACUAUUUAUUAGUAGUGAUGGGUCGAUUCCGAUUCCGGAAUCGGUCGCUUCCACUGAUUCCACUGGAAUCGUGGGAUUCAGAAUACAAUGGUUUUGGAAUCGACCAUGACAGAUUCCUGCAUUGUUUUUUUAAUUUUGCAAAAUACAUCUCCUACGCAACGUAAGAAAAUAUUAAAAUGCAUGCAAAUAUAAUUUUUACACUACAUAAUAAAAUCUUUUUUACGGAACUGAUUUACGAAUUUCGGUGAUUAACGUAUUUAUUUACUCGCACCGCCAUUUUCCCUACAGUACAAAUGCAGUAUCUACUUUCCCGCUUUAAGCGAAAGCAUUUUUCGGAAACUAUGUUGCAGCAGCACUGCAUUUAAUAGUAAACCUUCCAAAAAAAUUAGACGAAACCAUAAAUGUUUAAAGAAAAUAAUAUAAAUUUUAUUUACUAAACGUUAACUAUUUGAAGAUGGCAGCUACGUUAGCCAUUGUAAACAACCUAAUUUUUUGUUUGUGCUACCUGCCAUGGUAAGCCAUACGGCCAUGAACCAAAUCUUUGGUGACGUGAACGUGAAAAUUAAGAUGUUUCACAUCUCUGCAGGUUAAACUUAAGAAUUAUUAAUGAAAUUUUACCCAUAUUCACGGUGGAUUACUGCUACCAUAUUAAAAUAAGUUUAAAAGCAACAUAACCAAAUUGCCGUAAAUCGGCGUUCUUGUGCGUGUUUAGCGAUGCUCGUUUUACAUUAGAAAUAUUUUGGAAAGGCAGUUGGCCAAACUGAAUUUCCAAACAUUGCUGCUGAAACGUUCGUAAAUUUUUAUUACUAAACAUAAACAAUCUUUUGAAAGUAGUUGUGUUAGUUUAGAGGAAUUGUUACCGAUAAAUUUCUGAAAUGAAUUAAAUGUUAACACGCGAUUAUUUGAAGAUUUUAUAUAUUUUGUGUAAGAAAAUCUCGCCAUAAAAUGUGGACAUUUUGAGAUGCUUAAACAUGCACAGAUCUUUCUUACUCAAGAACCAAAAAUUUAUUUUCUCUUUACGGUUGUGAAGAACUGCAAGACUGGAUGGAUUUAUUCUUUUCACCAAGUGAGAUAAUUAAGUUCUAGGUAAUAUAUUAAAACGUAAGCUUCUCUGACAUUUUAUUUUAGUGUGGUGCAUAUUUGUUUCUUAUCGUUUCCAUCAUAAUGAGAUAAUAAUGUUUUAUUUUUACAUUUCCCUCUAUUUAUUUCGCCCUGGUCCCUUGAAAUAUGUAAAAACGAGGUUAUAUUGUCAUUUUAUUUGGAUCAUCAUUUAGUUGUGCUUGAAAAUAAAAUUCUUAACCUAACCAUACAAACCCUCUUUUUUUACAAUAAAUAAAUUGAGUUGGCAAUGUAAGGUAUCUAAAGUUGGUUAAGUUAUAACAUUAUUUCCAAUUUAUGUCAUAUGACAUCUUUGAUUAUUGGCAGUGUUUGAACACGUGUUUCAUCUUAACUAUUUGCAAGGUUAAAAGGCCAAAUUGUGCUAGAAAUUCAAGGUAGCGUAACUUGAGGGUAAUGAACAUUCUUUUUAACAUUAUAUAAGCUGUAUAUAAUGUUAAUUUCUGCACAGAAAAUGAAACAUAAAGCAAGUAAUUUUAAAAUCAUAAACAACCUUUUUUUCUGAGUAUAUUACUCUGUUGAACGUCGUCAGACAAAAAUUAAGGAAUCUGAAACGGAUUCGAAGAAUCGACCCUUUAAUUUAAGAAUCGAAAAUGGAAUCGGUAUAUUUUAGGAAUCGGCCCAACACUAUUUAUUAGUAAUGGAAAUAUUAGUAAUUAAUAAAACUGUAAUAAAAACUUAAUUAGGCUAUCCCUUACGAACCCAGUUUUCCCCAAAUAGGUCGUAACAAUAUACACCAAUCCCUCACUUAGCACGACUAACGCGUUCCUAAAAACGUUUGUAUUAUCCAAAAUCGUGUAUUGUGAAACAUUCAUCUGCAUAAAUAGCAAGGCUAAUUUAUUUAAUUUCUUCCAAGAUGUGUAGAGAAAUAUCUUUACCAAAUAUAAUUGCAUAAAAUAACACUAAACGAUAAGUAUGUCACAUCAUUUAUAUUAUAAGCCUACCAACGAAUAUAUGACAAAUAUGACACCGCGUGAUGGGAGAUAGUUAUCAUCAGUCGACUGGUUGACUUGCCCACCCGGGCGUGAACUUCAACUCACGUCGCAUACCUUUACACCAACUUUCCAAACCAUCCUUUACUGGCAGUGAAACUUAUAUUACUGUCUGGAUAUUUACAUUUUAUUUUUUUCAAAAAUUGAAGUACUUAUUUAUGUUAUGACAGCUUGGCUCACAUUAAUCCUGACUUGAUGCAAGUUUUUGGACAUACGCCAUUGCUAAGCACUUUUUCUGUAGAAGAAAACUAAAAAAUAAAAAAAUAAAUAAAAAUACCCAAAAGACAAAAAGCAAAAAUUGCUGUUAACAGGAUAUUAACACCACAAAAAAACUUACAUCAAGUCAUGCAAUCCCAUGGCACAAAUCUUUCAAAGAUAAUAUCACAUUAAUCCUGUCAGGUCCUUGAUUUUUUUUUUUCUUUGCACCAUUCAUUUAACAACCUAUUCCAUCUUGUAUCCAUUCAGAUAAGUUACAGUUUUUGUUUUAUUGUUAGGGACAUGAACUUUUCGGUGUGUGAAAAAAUUGAAAAGUGUGUUAAAAAAAAUCAAAAGCAGUGAAACAUAUUUUUGACCAUUUAGCAAGAGAAAAAUAUUAAAUCAAGUAAUAUAACUAAUAAUAUAAUAAUCAAGUCUUCUGAUGCAUUUAAUAACAUAAUACAAUCAAUCUAAAGUAGAACAACAUAAAAUAAGCAGCAGAAUUCACAUUUGUUCACUAACAAAAAUUUGCAACUUUAUAAUAUAAACUACAAAUUAUCAGUAUAUAUAAAACCAAUAAUUAAGACAGUAACUUAAAAAAUGGAAUUUUUUCUGCAAGGAACAGAUGCUAACAAUAACAGAGAAAUGCAACUUUUUAACAAUUCAUUCAUCAUUCAUGUUGCUCAAAUUCCAGUGUCAUUAGUUCUGCAUUUUUGUCCAACAGAUUAUGUCUCCUGUCUGUAACAACUGUAUUGUAUGAUGAAAAAAAUCUCUCGCUAUAUACAUUGGAGCAUGGAAUCCAGAUACUUUUUAGAGAAGCAGAUGCAAACUCGGGGAAUUCAUUUUUCAUAGCGAAAAGAAUGUCCACCACCUCCACUCGCGAAUCUCAAGUUUUUUCUUUAACCAAGUCUUUCAUUCGUGUGUAACUUUGAGCAAUGUCCGUACACGUGACCAGUGUGCGACUUGUGGCGUAUGGGGAUGCUUCCAAGUGCUCAAUCAUUUUGAUCAAACUUUGAAGAUGCUCCUUCACAAAAUUAGCUUGCACUAUAAUUUUUUUGUAUCCACUUGUGACAAAGAAUUGAAAUAUUCAAUCCCUGCGUUUGGCAAAUCUUGAAUAUCCUCGGAAGUAAAAAACUCAUUCAUGUCUGUAAUAUACUCAGAAGAGUAUAUUACAGAUUGAAACCAACUGUUCCACUGAGUCAAGAUGGGCAGGAGAAACUGAGUGACAUUUUUCUCUCCGUUUGGAUAUUUCUCCAUCAAAAAUUUUGAAUAGAGAUGUUUCCUCUUCCUAGUGUUGAGGAAUGCUGACUUAAUCUUGCUGAUUGCAGAGUUUAGUUCAGUCAACACUUUAAGGCAGAUGCUGCCAACAUUUGUGUGCCCAGCACUGAAUAUGCAGCAUAUGAUCACCCAAAACUACUUGCAAAGAAGUACUGCACUUUGUCAUGUACCGAGCACUGUCACUUACAAAUCCCACUACCGAAUCAUAAUGUACAUUAUACUCUUUCAUGGAGUCCAACACUGCUCGAGCAGAGUGUGUUGCAUUAGCUUGCUCAAGAAAAUGUACCCCGGUCACAAAGGUCUUCUGUGUGUCGGUAGGCUCCAACAGACGAAACAGUACAACAAACACACACUUUCCUCUUCUGUCUGUAGUUUCGUCUGCUAAAAUGCAAAUGGACUUCCCAUGAACUUCUUUUUUCAAACUUGCUGCUCUUUCCUCCUUUAAUAAAGGGACGUAUUUCUCUCUUAAAGUCUUUAUAGAUGGCAGAUCUCCAGAACCUGUGGAAGACAAGCAAAAAAUACAGUUUUUUUAAAAAACAACAUAAACAAGUAACGUACAAUAAAAAAAAAGAUAAUGCAGAAAUUGCAAUAUGGGUAAGUUAAGUGACUUAAUUUUUAACCGUUUUCACUAGUUGACACAUUUCAUUUCCCAGACGUCACAUUUAAAAUAACCUGCAGUUUAACUAAAAUAAUUCUUAGAUAAAUAAAUAAGUGUACAAACCUUCAAUAUACGGUAUUUAUUCAUCCAACUAGUAAUACUAGGAUUUUGUAGUUUUUCUAGUGGGAUGUUUGCUUUUACGAAUGCUUCUAUGCGAGACUUCUUGUGUUUUUCACCAUUAAUGUGUUUUAAUAUUGAGUCUCUACGAUCCCAGGUGACUCUGCAAUUACAAUACUUAAAAAAUAAAUCUGAUUUAUCUGUAGAAUACAGACCAUCAGAAGAGAAUUAUUUCUCCCUAUCAAUAGCAGUAAUAUCUUUUCUAGGCAUGGCGAUGCAAAAUAAAAAUUUACAUCUGAAUAUAUAUACAGUUUUUAUUCACAUGCAAUUAGGUAUCACUCAAAUAAACGUCCUGCUUAAACCAUUAUUUUUAAACAAACAAAAUGUUUAUGUUCAACCAACUAGUCAACGACCCAAUGUUUGUUAUUCGACAGACUUGCGCUGUUUUGCGCUCGCGUUUAAUCACCAGACAGAUAACACACAUGCAGGGGGCUGGUUGUUAUUUCGAAAUGGUAUAGUGACCUUUGCAAGUCUGUAAAAAAAUAUGUUUGAAAUUUCAUUCCUGUGCAUGAAGGUACAUGGUUGAAUAUCUAAAAUAAAUAAUUUUACAAAGAAUUGUUAACGUUUAAAAAGAUUGUUAUUGCAGUUAAACCCAACAAAAAGAUUUCAAAUCGUUACACGAUCUUUGACAUGUUUGAAAUAAUCUAUUUAUGUCACGUGUCACGUGUUAGCAAUCGAUUUCUCUCGCCUACUCUUUGGCUUAUCCAACUACCGUCCCCGUCUCAGUGAGAUGCUUCAUUGUCUUUCGUUUUCAAACAUUUUGUGCUUUAUUACGGAGUUUGCAGCAUCCUACAACGAACCCUCAGGACGUUUGGCGAGACCAAAAUUAACUACAGACUUUACAGAACCAGAGGGAUGCCGAUAUUCACUACAGUUCCUGAUAGCAUUACCAUUGCUGUAGUUUGCAGUAUCAGUAAAACCCUUCCAUUACCAGUGUUGCUGGGGGGAGCUGAAUUGUUGCCCGUGGGAUGGGCAGCCAUUCAGGAUUUUUCUGGCAAUGGUUUGUUUGUACAGCGACUGGAAGGGCAGCCCAUCAGGAAUUUUUCUGACAGUGGUGUUUUUGAAAGGUUGUCUGAAUUGUUGCCCCUUGGAUGGGCAGCCCAUCAGGAUUUUUCUUACAGUAGUGUUUUUGAAAGGUUGUCUGAAUUAUUGCCCCUUGGAUGGGCAGCCCAUCAGGAUUUUUCUGACAGUGGUGUUUUUGAAAGGUUGUCUGAAUUGUUGCCCCUUGGAUGGGCAGCCCAUCAGGAUUUUUCUGAUGGUGUUUUUGAAAGGUUGUCUGAAUUGUUGCCCCUUGGAUGGGCAGCCCUUCAGGAUUUUUCUGACAGUGGUUAGGUUAGGUUAGGUCAGGUCAGGUCAGGUCAGGUCAGGUCAGGUCAGGUCACUUUACAAACUAACCACUGUCAGAAAAAUCCUGAUGGGCUGCCCUUCCGAGGGGCAACAAUUCAGACAAGCUUUCAAAAACACUACUGUCAGAAAAAUCCUGAUGGGCUGCCCUUCCAAGGGGCAACAGUUCAGACAACCUUUCAAAAACACUACUGUUAGAAAAAUCCUGAUGGGCUGCCCAUCCAAGGGGCAAGUUUUCAGGAUUAUUUAAACUCUUAAAGGAGCGUGUUUUCAGAAAUUGGAUGGGCUGCCCUUCCAGUCUCUGUACAAACUAACCACUGUCAGAAAAAUCCUGAAGGGCUGCCCUUCCAAUGGGCAACAAUUCAGUCGCCCCUGUUGCUGCAUACCACCUAAAUGUCCAGAGAAGAGAAGAAGAUUAGCUCCCGACUACAGUAGCUAGUUCAGGCAUUAUUGUGUGUCCUCCCACACUACUCAGACUAACAAAGUUAUGAACUACGGUUGUCUACAACAAAUAUAUGCCUACAACAAUAUAUGUCUACAACAAAUAUAUGCCUGGUAAUGAUCUUUGCAUUAGCCACAUUAAGAACCUUCAGUCAAUACUAAUAUUUAAAUAAAAUUAAUAUAUCAUUAUCAUUUGUUUAUUCUUGAAGUACAGAGGAACCGUAUUGAAUUAAAACGUAACUUUUAUACAGAGAUACCAGGAACACACAAUAUACUUCGAAUUUUAUAUACAAUAGUAACCACCACAUUUUUCCCCUUACACAUCCAGUGGCAUGCUAGCUGGGAUAACCGGUUGGUAAGUGCACCAGCAGCAUUCAGUCCUGACGCCUAUGAGGGAAAAGAGAGAAAUAGUAAUAUAUAUUCCAUAAUUGGGCGCAAAGCAUAAACUGAGAUCUUUACAGAAUUGGCGCCCAACACAUAAACUGAAUUCCCACAGUACAGCAUAAACAGUGAGAGCUAAGAUUCUUCCACAAUCUGAAUCAGCUGUUCUUUCCAUUCCGGUAUUUAAUGCCAAAUAAUUCCCGCUGGCACAACUAACAGCAUCAGACUUGUAUAAAAGUUUGAUAGAGUCCUUAUUUCGUGCAAUCGUACGCACAGUUGACUUGCUUGAAACUGAAGUGCGACUAACAUAAAUGUGGCCUUCAUGAUAUUCUGCAUGCCGUAAUACUUCUAGUUUUGUCUCAAAUACUUAAACACGAUGCAUUAUGCUUUUACUUUGAAGCCAUGAUUCCAACUACAGGUGCUUGCGCACAUACAGUUACCGGCUGACAAGUGGGCAGACGUUGCUUGUGUUUGUGCGUUCUGGCUAGACCCAAGUUCAUUACGGCCCAGUCUGAGGCCGGGCAACAACUGUACGACACGGCGGCAUACGCGCGGAUGUAAAAAUAUUAGGUCCUUUAUACUUCAUAGCCACAACUGAACUUGCCAUAGCUGAUGUUUGUUCAAUAGUCGAUGGCGUAGUCAGACCUGUGAUGGCACCUCUUCCUCCCUCGUACGGCUAACUGUAUGCCACGGUACAACUGUUAUUUACCGAUUUGAAGCAGAUUUUGUGGCGUCAUGCCUUUUUUUUUCCUGUGGCAAUUUUGUGUUAACUGAAAUUUACAGACAUGCUAUUCAAGACUUUGGCAGUAAAAUUAACAUUGCGCUAAAUGAAUUCGCACAAUCUGAAGACGUGCUAAGUGAGUGAUUGGUGUAAUCUAAUUUAGCAUUGUUGGCACUGAUUUAUAUAUUAUUCUUGCAAUUCAAGUGUAAUUUUUUUCUUUAUAAUCUUAAUGUACUUGGUUUUACAACACACAAUGUUUGCUUGCAUGGUUUGUUAAUAUUGUAAUUGGCCUUUAACAUAGGAAUGGCCACAAAUCUUAACAUUAUAUACAGGAAAAUAAACCACCAAUACGUGAAAGGAACUGAAAUAUGCCAUAUUGUUUCAACUAUGUUUGCGCCAAAACAGUUUGUUCCGUUAUUAUUUGAAAUGUCUUCUUUGUGAAAGCAGAAAUUACAUAUAAAAAUGUUUAAAUCAGCCAGUCAUGAACUUUAGGAAUUAUGUUUUAAAAUGCACUAUACUUUAAUGAAGACAAAAAUAUCCAAAUGAAAUUAUGGCCUAAAAAUUGUCGAAACUAAAAUAUAAUUUUCAAUUUUUCUCUCUCCCAAAAUUCAUUGUAACUUUACUCUAUGACAUUUUUGUGUUUAAUAAAAAUGAGUCUUACUAGAGAGGUGGUCAUAAACUAUGUACAAGAAUUGAAUAAUUUAAUUAUAAUGUUGAAAAAUUUACGUAGUUUCCAGAAUCAAUACAUAUCUUUAAUCUACUUAUAUAAUUACAUAUCAAAUGUAUUGGAUCUUGGGGAAUGGUAAUAGCGUAAGGAAAAAAUAUACCUAGUAAACUUCAGGCUUGUCUGUGUUGAAUUCUUUUAUUAAUUACCUUUCCUCUUAUAUUUUUUUAGAAUCUCAGUUGUUUAAAAAUCUAGUUUUUUUUUUAUUUUUGAGGAUCUGGCUGGGUCCAUUCAUAAUAUUUACAUUUUCAGAAUAUCACAAAUUUUUUUAUGUCAAAAUUUUUCCUAAAAUGUUAAACAAAUAUCCUCUGAACAUUUAUGUUUAUAGAGAAACUUCCUGUAGUAGGUUUCAAAUGGCCAUUGCAAUAAGCAGGUACAGAAUAUUAAAAAGUAAGUGUUUAAACCUUCGUUCAUUAUUGCUGCCAAAGUUUUAAGAACCUGUCCCGAAACAACAAUGUUCUCGCUUUAAAAAACUGUAAAUCUUGCUUAGUUGCCUUUAAAUAACAUUUUGAAUCAAGUAUCUGUAUUAUGUAUUUAAUCAAAAAAUCUGCAUGUGCAAUAUUGCACAAAUGCUUGAUUUUUAUUAGUUUUGUGUUGUUUUCAGUAGUUUUAAUAUAUGAUUCAACAAAUAUUUAAUUAACUGUAUUGUGUAAUAAACAACAGUUGCCACAUAGUCAAUACAUUUUCUAGAGGAACCAACUGUGAACAAAUGAAUUAUGUAUGAGGGAUGACAAUAUUUCUCCAACAUUUUCUGCUAUAAAUCCUGUCAGCUUAUGUUUUAGGAACUGUUUCAGAGUUAUUCUGUGUAAAAGUUUAUAUUAACCAAUGUCACCACUAAGUACUUCAUUUGCAAUUAAUUAAUGCUACCGAACUCAAUGCUGCACUGUUAUUCAUAAAGUAAAUUCGAAAGGAGGCUACAACGUUGGAAUGCCUAGAACACUGUUGCAGGAACAGGUUGGCACUGUGGCGGGCUGGGCUGGGCUGGGCUGGGCAGGGCUGGGCAGGGCAGCACAAGGCUUCAAGGUUGAAACUGUCGGCAGGCAACCCGGCAUGCUCAGUGCCGCUUCAUCCUCCUCUCCAUUCGCCGCUGCUUCUUCUCAUCCACAUCUGGCUGUGCGGGUGUUUGCUGGAAGAACCACGGUCCCAAGAAGUUGGUCCACAGCAUCCAGAACCCGCGCGCAGGAGCCUGCACACAAGUGCAAACCACGCCUGACUCAUAGUUCUCAUAAGCUUGACCAUAUCAUCUGUAAAACUACAUGUCAAUUGGAAUAUGUGUGCUGUGGACUGUA